AUGGCGGAUCCGGGGGAUCUGGGGGAUGAGGUUACUAAAAAGCUCCAGAAGUUCUCGUUAACUGUUAAAGAAUCUGGGGGUGUCGAAAUACAGCGCAGAGACAUUGCGUCGAGUGAGGAGGAAUGCAUGAAUAGUUUGUUUGGGAAAGUGAUUGGUGACCGUAAGGCUUCACUUCUGGGGGUUAAGCGUGCUAUGAGUGCAAUUUGGCGUCUUCACCAAAGAUUAGAGGAGCCAUUGCCUCGAUGUACAGUGGUGAAGCUCGAGGAUCAACAGACGAUGGUUCAAUUCAAAUAUGAACGUUUAGUUAAUUUGUGCUACUAUUGUGGGUGUAUUGGCCAUCUUGAUAAAAAUUGUGAAACUCGGCUGAUGGAUAUUGAAAACAGAUGUCUGCAAGAAGGGCAAUUUGGGGACUGGCUUAAAGCUGCUAAUUUCAUCUAUGGGAACAGACAUUCGGUUAAUAGUGGCUCAGAACCUAAAGAGAGUUCUCAUGCUCCAAAUCCUAAAAUGGAUACCAAUGCUGCAGCUAGUACCUCGAGGCAUCCACCACAUUCUGAGAAAGGGGAGAAUAGAGAAGGUGGCUCUUCUGUUUAUAAAGCUCUUAGUGCUAAAGAGAGUGGUCAAUCUAUGGAGUUGGUGAUGGUGUCUCCUUUGGGUGAGGAAGAGGAGAUUGCUGAAGUGGAGAUCAGGAAAGAGGGUGAAGAGAAGAGUGAUAUUAUGGUGAUAGAAGAAGCUAAUUCUCCAUUGAUAGAUGUUGGAGUUGAAGCUGAAGUGCUGCUGGCUGAUAGCAGGAGAACAUGGAGAAGAGCUGCAGCAAAAGCUGGUAGGCUAAUGAGAAGUCCGGAGCUUGAGAAGAGCAAAGGUGGCCUUUUAUUGAUGUGGGAUCAGGAGGUUGAAAUCAGAAAGCUUGAAGGAAAUGAAUUUUGUAUUCAGGUGGAAGUCAGGGGCCCUGGGGGAUUGGGGGAGCUGUUGGGCAAUUGCAGGGAUUGGAAUGAAAUUGUGAGCAAUGAGGAGAAAAGGGGUGGGCUUGUAAGAUCAGAAAACAGUUUCUUACCCUUUAGAGAUUUUAUUGUGGACAUGGAAAUGCAAGAACAAGAUCAGAAGGGAGCAUUGUUUACUUUGGGGAAUAACAGGAGAGGGGAUGGCUAUGUGGAGGAGAGGUUGGAUAAAGUCUUUACAUCUCAGGAGUGGUUGCUGAAAUUCCCUAAGAUGGAGGUGUCUAACUUUUUCAGAAGUGAAUCUGACCAUAAUGUAAUCCUGUAUGACACUGAAAUAGAACUACAAUCAUCUAGAAGGAGAUUUGUUUUUGAUAGAAACUGGUUGAAGAUGGAGGGUAUUGAAGAAGCUGUGGCCAAAGGAUGGGAAAUGGAUAGUGAGGGUUCUGAAAUGUUUAAAGCUCAUCAGAAAGUGAAACAUACUAAAAAGGCAAUCUUAUCCUGGUACAACCCAGUGAAGAGGAACAAUGAAAAACUGAUCCAAACCCUUACAGCCAAAAUGGAAAAAUUGAGAGAAGAGGGCAGGGAGAAGGAUUGGGUUACAUGGUGCUCCACAAAAUGUGAUCUAGAUAAGGCUUACAUGGAAGAAGAACAAUAUUGGAGGGCAAAGUCUAGGGCUCUAUGGCUUAAAGUUGGCGACAAAAAUACUCGUUUUUUUCAUGCCUUUGCUGCUCAGAGGAGAAAGAGAAAUUUUUUUUUGAGGCUUGUGUCUGGGACUGGUGAGAAUGGAGCUGAUACAAGGCUUGAUGAGUUUGGGUGGAUCCCUUUGAUGAGAGGGGAGAAACCUGAAACAAGGGUGCAUUUAGAUCACAGUCAAUUCAGGGUUAAAGAUCUUCUGAUUAAUAAUGGCAAGGGCUGGGAUGAAGUGCUGGUGAAAGCAUUAUUUCAACCUGCAGUGGCUGAGAAAAUCAUGGCCAUUAACUCCCUUAAUCCCAGAGUUGCAGAUCUGAGGAAAUGUACCUUUUUUGAUAAAGGUAGGUUUCCAGUUAAGAAGGCUUAUGAGGAGUUCUGCAGUAUAGAAUGGAGGCAGUACAAGAAUGGAGGGAGUUUCAAGAAAUUUAGCUGA